UUUCUAAUAACGAGCAAACCCUGGUUGAUUACUGUACAGGAACGCGGGGUCUAUUAUUAUCUAAACCGCUAUAUAUACAUGAUAUAGGUGCUAAUUAGAACCAGAAGGUAUCAUCGAAUUGAGAUCUGCCGAUACCGUAGUCUUUACUCGGGAGCAUAGUGCUUGAAUGUAUGAUAUAUAGAUUUUCUUCAGUAAUAAGUCGGUCUUUUCACCGGGCUUAUUGACUCUCUAUAUUCGUGUAUAAUAUUUAUUUAUAUAUAGCAACAAUGGAUUUUUACAGUUAAUCUUGAAUGUAUAUAAAUCUAUGCCAAGUGUAAAUAAAAAUGUAAGCAUUGCGCGUAUUUUGUAAAGAAAGAGAAAUCUAUUUUUAUUUUCUUGAUUUAGAUUGACUGGAUUAAUUUACAAAGUUAAUAUUUGAUUACCAAUAUUCUUGGAAGAGGAUUGUUUUCGUUGUUACCAGUGCUUGGAAUUUUAAAGUGUAGUUUUGUGAAGUGAUUGUUAAUAUUUAAUCGGCGGGUUUAAGUUACAGCAGCAGACGAUAAAAAUGAGUGAUACGGAGAAGAUGGCACCCACCGCUUCCAUAGAAGCAGUGAUGGUUGUACGUCCAUACAAGGUUGUCGCCCUUUUACUUGGAUUCAUUAACCUUAUUGUAAUGACAAUGUUCAUUGGAGCCUCGACAUGGGUACACUUAGGAGAUGUCAGAAUGGGCUUAUGGGAAGAAUGUGUAAUCGUAACACCCGGUAGGAUAGACUGUUUUCCAAAUGAAGAACCGCCAGAUUGGAUGUUGGCAUCACGAGGACUAUGUUUAUUAGGUUUAAUUUUGUGUUUUUGUGCAAGUGUUGUUGUUUGUAUAGGAAUUAAUGCUGGGAAAUUCAGGACAAGAUACCGGUGCUACUUCGUAGCUAUGCUCAUUUAUUUCUUAGGAGUUAUGUUUGAUACAACUGCGCUUAUCAUCUAUCCAGUGAAAUACUCAGAACAGAUUGGCAUGCGGGCAGGUAACGAGUCCUGGUCAUUCGGCUGGGCUUAUGGUCUUGGAUGGGGCUCAACUGCCCUUAUGGCCUUUAGUGCAAUUCUUUUGUGCCUAGACAAAGAUGCCGACGAAGUUAUAAUGCGAGAAGUUACAGAUUAUGAAAAUGGAAUCGAAGAAGAUGAGAGAUUAACAGAAUCACUGACUGACAAAUCUGAGACAGAGUCGGAUAUAGCUUAUGCAGACGAAAUUUUCAAAUGAAAAAAAUACGAACAUAGUAUAGGACCUGUGUCUGGCCGUGCUUGAUUUUUGACGACUGUGCACUGGAGUUGAUUUUGCCAUCAAAAUGCAGUGUUUGUUGAGAUAUAUAUAAUAUUUUGUGCCCGAUAUCUAUUUUUGGAAAUAAUGCCAAAAAGUGAUGCGUUUGUUUGCAUAAGGACAAAGUUUAAGAAAAAUACACCGGAAGUGACUGAUAUGAUGUCUGGAAUACAACAGUGAAUAUCCUAGAAGCCAUAAGAUGAGCAACGAAUACCUAGAAAAAAAAACCAAAAAUUUUCUAAUGAUAUAUUUAUAGAGUUUGAAGUUGUCGUGUAUUGUGCAAAUCUUUUAUGAAGGUAGCCCAACCUUAACAACGAAGAGAAUGCCCUAAAAUUUGAUGAGAUAUUUCUAUUCUUUUUAAUAGAUCUAUAUUUGUCUGAAAUUUGAUAAAAUAUUUUUAUACAUUUUUUAAAAAAAUAUUUGUAACGAAAUAAUAAUGCAACGAAAAAUUUAACGUAAUAUAGAAUCUCUAAAUAUCCGAAAACUCGAAAUUCUAGAAAUGUUUUCAUGUACAGUGUUUGUAUUUAAAUUACUAUGUACAAGACAGCGGUGGAAAUUCUUGAAAAUAUUUAAAACAUCAUGCGUGAUCUUACAACAUAGUCAGCAGAAGAAUGUUAUUAUAUCUUUAUUGAAGUAAUAUCAAGGAUACAUGUAAAAACAACAUGCGCGUGACAGGAAGAUAUUAAGAGCGCUCCCAUGACGCAGACGUUCAAUCAAAUACAGCGCGUGAAGCUGCAAACAUGCUACAAUUCGAUCACCGGUAAUAAGCUUUUUCUAUAAGUAGUGUAACAAAAAAUACAUAACCCCGACUACGGAAACGCAUAAGUGACAUCUCGACAAUACUUUCAAUGCAGGUGCGAAUAAGCGUUAUUUGUUUUGUAUACAUUUCCGGUAGCGUUGCCAAUGCUAAAUGUCGCAGAAAGAGGUGAAGUUUGCGAAAACGGACGUGACUUCGAACGCAGAAAGGUCAUUUUGUAUCAAUACAUUUUCAAGGAUAAAUCCAAGAACUAAUAUUUUUGUAAUGAACAAAUAUUUUUUUAUCCUUAAUAUAUAACAUGAUUGCGCAUGACGGUACUCCUUCUUUCUGUUGGUAAUAAAGACAACAAGCUUUGAAAUUAAAGUUAUUUUAUGCCUCUCUUUUCGGAUGUUUUUUUUAAAGAUAUUUCUAUAUCAAUGUCAAUAAAAGGAUUGUUUAUACA